UAGAAGGCAGUUCAGAAAUGUGUGCUCCACCAAACGGACAACAAAACGUUAAUCCGGCUUUUUCCAUUGUAACUUUUCCGCGCGCCGCCCGGGGCAGGAUCCCCGCUCUUAUUUGACGCUGACGCAGGGCAGAGGACUACUUCCCCGUGGACCACACCGGGCUUCAAUGGUGCGUAGGGCCGGAGCGAACGGCGCGGAGUACCGAUGACGGUUUGGGCAUCUCCGAUGGGCUGGCACAGGCCGUAUCGGUUGACAGGUGUAAGACUGGAAGUCCUUGUUCUGUCAGCAUGGCUGCUGCUGCUGCCCAGCGCCGCACAACAAGACAGUGCCAUAUGUCCAAAGAUACGAAUAGGAGAAGAUGACCUCCCAGGGUUUGACUUGAUAACACAAUUUAGUAUUAAUGGCGGGCGACCGCUGCCUGGGGUUCGAAAAGUCAAGGGCUCCAGCGAUUUUCAAACAGCCUAUCGUCUUACAAGACAAUCAGAUGUACGUGUCAGUACGAGUGAGGUGUACCCCAACGGUCUACCUGACGAGUUCUCGUUCGUCUCCACAUUCCGGAUGUUGGGCACGACCAUCAAGGAAAAGUGGGACUUGUGGAGAAUAACCAGUCUGGAGAACGAGAGACAGAUGGGACUCCGCCUGGACGGAGAGAACGAAUCCAUCGAGUUCACUGCUCUCGGGAGAAACGGGGAGCUCCAAACUGUUACCUUCUCAAACGUGCCCAUCUUCGACAGGAGAUGGCACAAGCUGCUACUGUCCGUCCGAUUGGACGGCGUCACUCUCUACCUGGAUUGUAAACAGUUCGACGACUUUCCCUUUGGACCAAUAGGAGACAUCGACACUGCCGGGGACACGACGAUAGGAAGGAGGGUCGAUGACGACACGUCCUCCUCUAUUUUAGAUUUCUGCCCAAGACAAUGUCCGCCCGGUCCGCCCGGAACGAACGGGUCUGCCGGCGACAAGGGUCACCUGGGACUGCCGGGGAUAGCUGGGUCUCCCGGACCGAAGGGCGAACAGGGUGUCCCGGGGUUUCCCGGCGAUCCAGGCGAGCAGGGGCCGCCAGGUCUGACGGGUCGGGCCGGUGUACCGGGGUUUCCAGGUCAGAAGGGAGAGCGUGGAGACACGGGAGAACGGGGGCCACCUGGGGAUUCGACUUUAUCAAAGGGAGAACCGGGCAAUCCAGGAAGACGCGGAUUUCCCGGGGAGCAAGGGCUGCCGGGAUUGAAGGGGCUAAAGGGAGAACGGGGGCUAGUAGGCAGACCAGGGCUGGAUGGAAACGACGGAUCAAGGAAACUGGUCGCAGAGAAUUCCUCCUGCACCUGGUCUCGACCUUCCCGACUUCUUCUUUUGUCAUUUUGCGAUUUUUUUUUCUGACACAUCACCAUCGCAUCAUCACCGAUGAUGAAGGCGGGAGCAGUGUUGAGGGUCUUGGUGUGCACGUUAGUCCUUGUGGCGGCGGCGGGGAUAAAACUGGAGACGAAGAAGGUGAAGCGGCACCGGGAUAGCGGAGCCAAGAAGCCGGACAGAUGGGGCUACCUGACGGGGCGGGACGGUCGCGGGAUGGGCGUCGCGCAGGCCACGUUUCACGACGACUUCUUUGAAAAGUACGAGGAGGGCGGAGAGCUCGCGGAGAAGGACGACAUCGGCGAGUUCGGGUUCGGCCAGGAGAGACCGCUCGGUGUGCGCGGCGUCAUGGGUCCGCCUGGGCCCAGAGGACCGGCCGGCCCUCCCGGACUCCCGGGUCCCCCCGGUGCUCCCAUGAUCCUUCCACCGGACAUGGAGGGGAGCGGCAUCCAGGGCCCACCAGGACCACCGGGACCUCACGGUCUCCCCGGCCCGCCUGGAUUCCCCGGCCCCAAGGGUCACAAAGGAGAUGCAGGAGACAACGGCAUUCCUGGGAAGAACGGCUUCGACGGACAACCUGGACCUAUGGGUCUCCCUGGGGCACCUGGUGUGGACGGACGAGCUGGACCACAAGGGCCGAGGGGAGACAAAGGACCUGAGGGACAGAAGGGGCAAAAGGGUAACCCAGGAUCUAUGGGCCUGAUGGGACCACCAGGUGAACAGGGCAUGCGAGGUAUAGAUGGAGAGAGGGGCAGUAUGGGACCACAAGGCCUCAAAGGAACCAAGGGUGAACCUGGCAGGGGUGGAAGAACAGGCAUGAUGGGACCCAAGGGAGAACCUGGACUGAACGGAGUACCAGGCAGGGAUGGUGUUAAUGGAUUUCCUGGAUUAAAGGGAGAAGCUGGACCAGUUGGACCUUCAGGCAUCACUGGAGACAAGGGACCGAUGGGUGUGCCUGGCCAACCAGGACCUAAUGGGCCAAUGGGACCCAAGGGAAACCCUGGUCUGAACGGAAACCAAGGACCAGCUGGACAGCGUGGACCACAAGGUGUCCAAGGCCAACCUGGUAUUGAUGGCAUUGAUGGAGAGAGAGGUCCCAUGGGAUACCAGGGAGAAAAGGGAGACAGAGGUCCUCAGGGUAUUGUGGGUCCAAUAGGUCCUGCAGGUUUGUCUGGCCCCAUGGGCAUGCCUGGACAGAAGGGUGACAUGGGUGACCCAGGACCAAGGGGAAUCAGAGGGGUUCCUGGCAGGGAUGGUUCCAAGGGUGAGCCUGGAAUUCCUGGUUUUGAUGGAAUCCGAGGUGAAAAGGGUGAUAUUGGUGGCAUCGGACCCAGAGGAAAGGAAGGACCAAAGGGAGAUGCAGGAUCGGUAGGACCUGUCGGUGCCACUGGCAUGCCAGGACAAGUUGGACCUGCUGGGCCCCGUGGACCACCAGGUGUGGAGGGUACUCGUGGCUUCCCUGGAUCACAAGGGCCAACGGGACAACCUGGAAGAUCACCAUCAGAAGAGGAAGUCCUGAGGAUAUGCGAGAGGGCCAUUGACAGUCACAUGAAGAUGAUGGCAGCCUCCCUUGCCCAGCAGGCAGCCAAGCGUACCGUGGUGAUGAACCGUCCUGGACCCCCGGGGCCGCCUGGCCAGCCUGGCCCGACCGGAGAGCGCGGGCCGGUGGGUGUGGCAGGGCCACCUGGACCGCAGGGGAACCCCGGCAUGCCGGGAGACAGGGGAUCCAUGGGACCAUCAGGGCCCCAAGGACUGCCAGGAGACCGUGGAGAGCCAGGCUAUGGAAUACCAGGACCUAUUGGAGCACCUGGGAGAGCAGGGCGGAAAGGCGAGGCUGGCAUUGGUGUUCCCGGCAACCCCGGCCCGCCCGGUCCCAUCGGCCCUGUCGGCGCUACGGGAGCGCUCGGCCAGCGCGGCCCACCUGGCAGCCCUGGAGUGUGCGACCCCAUGUCAUGCCUAGGCCUCUCACCUAUCAUGUCCAACACCAAGAAUAAAAAAGGGCCCGGCAAAUGAGUGAAAAAUCCUGACAUAGGACAGCUGCCUCAGCAUUGAAUUAUGCAUUGAUUUUUUGGUUUCGAGUUGAAUAGCAGGCAGCCAAUAAUGAUGUAGGACAGGAUGUCAAUCAAAGAUGGAUUAGGGAGAAGAGUUGGUUACUACAGGAAUGACUAAACUGUUGACGUGAUUUAUGAGUAGGUUUUACUGAUUGAACUAUGGUGCUACUUCCAUAUACCUUAGUCAGUUUUCCAAGUUUGCCUUUUAUGGUGCUUUGUACAUAACAUGUAGAGAAAGGUAACGCAGUUAGCAUGUGUUGGAGAAGUGGUGUAGUACUUCCUAUCUGUGUGCCAGUUUCUUCAAUGUCAUAUAUGCAAAUACACAACUGUCAGAGGAGAACAUGGCAUGCACAACUUCUUAUGCAGCCUUCUCUUCACCCUUUGUCAUUUCUAUCAUUUACCUUUCCAUUGCCGCUUUAUACUGACUACUGUAGAUUUGCAGCAUCAGUUGUUUUCAGCACAUUAUUUUGCAUCUUACAUAUCAAAAUUGACAUAUGUCAGAAAUCCCCAUGACAUCUCGUGACAGGGCUCUUUUUUGUGCCUGACAUGUUCUCUCUAUGAUCAUUGACAAACAUGUAUGGGAAGUACAGUUUGUUUCUGAGUGUUGAGUGAUUGUCUAUGCACAUAAGGAACUUCAUUGGUGAAUUGUAGACUGAACUCAACACUCCACUGCUAGUGCUUCAUUUUGUAGUCAUACCUACUAUUCUCAGAAUACAUGCUACUGUGUGUUGCCUUUAUUUUUUUCUAUUGUUACUACUUUCUCUUUGAAUAUAUGUAAAGUUGUUUAUUCUUGUUGUAAGAAUUAAUGGAGAUAUAUUAUCUGUAGUAUACAUGGAUGGCUUAGAGAUGGGAACCAUUCAAGGCACCUAAUCUAUAAUCGUGACAGUAUUGUAGCCUCCAUCCUCACUACAUUUCAAACUUCACCUAGUCAUGAGCAGUAAAGACCUGUAGCCUUUGAAAUAAAUCUCACGGUCAUUAUAAACGCUAUGACAGCCAUAUGUCACCCACUAUUGCCUAUAGUAGUAGAAAGCAUUUAUAUCUGUUCUAGGUUGAGAUUUUUGGUGAGAUUGGGUACUGAUACAUCACUAGUCCUAUUUGGGGGUACAAGAUUAUUGAGAACUUCUAUUGUGCCAUAUUCUUAUGGGGUGGUAGCUGCAGUUUUAUCUUGCUUUGUUCUGAUUGGUGUGUCCAAACCUUGUAAUGUUAAAGCUAGCGCAGACAAGGUUUUCAUAUGUUGCGUGUUAGACAUGCAAAGAUGCGUAUGCCUAAUAUCACGUUUAGCAUAUUUUUGAUUUUGAAAAGCUUAUAUGACUAAAACUUAUGUGACUAACUAUAAUAUCAGAUGUACCGCUAUCAUGUCACAUUAAAUACAAGUGUAUACUGACCACAGAAGAUACAGGUCUUCACUGAUAACGACAUUAGCUGUCAUCAUCACACCCAUCAGUAGGCCAGAUAACCUUCUCCCUGCUGCUUCUGCUGUAACCAAUACAAACUUGGGUGCAUUGAUGAACCCACAGCAGGGAAAGGGUUAAGUAGUGACAUCAACAUUUUCAGCCAUUCAUUUUCACUCUCCUGGGAACAUAUUUUUAUCAUUUUUUGUAUGGUUUGAUGGGAAAUCAUUAUUUGGAGAAUAUUUACUGAUUGUUAUAUUGCUAUACUUAACUUGAUCUGAGAAGUGCUUGCCAAUAGGCUUUUGUUACCAUGUAUGUAGGAUAUAUCUUGGUAUAAUACUAGCAGGAUGGGUGGAUGUGCCUUUUGUAAAGCAUUAAAAUCUAGUCUUUCUUUCUUUUUCUACUUUGUUUGAACAUCUUUUCUUGACAUGUCUGGCUAUAUAUUUAUAAGACAAUGAAAUCCAUAGUAUUACUAAAUUUGUAUAAAAAUCCAACCAGGUUUCAGCAUUGCUGAGCAUUGCCGAAC